CUAUUUCGAAAACGGUCAAAUUACCGAGGGUCCACGGUACGAUUAAAAAGGUAGAAUCGACUACGGUGUAACUGAAAAGACCAAUUUAUGUGCUGCGGUUUUGUUAUUGUUAUGAUUCGCACACGAGCCAAAAUUUGCGCACAUCACAUCAUACUCGCAUGCUGUUUUAGUUUUAUUUUUUUGCAACAUUGCAUGCAUUUUAACUAAUUGUUUCUCUUUUUAAUAUUAUAUAUAGUUUUUAUUAGUCUCAAUUUUUUCAAUAAAGUUUCAAGUAGUAAUGGAUAGUGAUAAUAACAAUUCGCAAAUUGUCUGCCGGUUUUGCCUACAAUACAGCAGUGCAAUGUGGCCUCUGGAAACGGUCUACAACAGGGAGAGAUCGUUUCUGGAAAAAGUCUACCAAUGUGCUCACAUCAAUAUUAUUGACCUUGACGAAUUGCGCACGUGGGUCUGCGAAAGCUGCCUAAACAACAUCGAGAAAUUCUAUAGUUUUCGAAACAUGCUCCAACACAACUUGGCGGAUUUUAACGAACGGUUUCGUGAGGAACAGAAGGAGCAUCAGCACGAAACCGCCUGGAACGACAAUCAACAGGUGGAGGUCUAUUUUAGUGAUUUUAGCAACUGCGACGAUUGUUACGAGAUUCCGCCAACAGAUUCAGAGUAUGAGACGGAAGGUGAAGUUGGAGUUCGUGAGCGAAAACCGGACGACUAUACGAGAAAAGGCUCGUAUGAAGUAGCUCAAAUCGAAGCAGAAUUUGCGGAAAUACUUACGGAAGAUUGUCCUUUGACCAAUUACGAAAUGUGUCCUCCUGUCGAAAGACGGGAAGAAAUCAAACAAAACUGUACAUAAUUUAGGAGAGUUGUUUGAACUGUUUGGAGUAGAUCAUUAAUUCGUUGAAUGAAUUAUGUUGUUGAAAUUGUUUUUCUUUCCAAUGAUUUUACUCGGUUAUUGUGUUUACGAAAAUCUAUUAUAUAAUUUGUAUAAUGAAAUAAAUCGUGCCAGAAAUUUA